AGUAGAGGCUGGUCUUCAAGACAUGAAGGGGUGGGUUAAGUCUACACAUUCUUCAUUUUAGCAAAUAAUUACAAAGGAAAAGUGCCAAAAGUAAAAGUUGUGCAUUUAAUUGCUGAUGCAUGAAUGUGUGAACAGCGUUUUAGGUUGUUGCUGGUUGAGAUGGAGCAAAUUUUCAGCACUUUGCAUAUAGUUUGGGUAGUUUAGCUACAGAAUUGUGUGUAAAAUGCUCGUCUGCAAAGCAUCCAGUAAGUAAAGCUGUAAAAUAAGAGUGGGGGGAAGUUUAAAGCAUCAUAUGUGCUGCAGAAAUGUUGUGGAAGAGAAUAAAAAGAUUCAAGUAAAGCAUGUGUAGGUCUAAGUACCAGUAAAGUUAUAUAUUCGGCCUCUGUUGAUGUAAAAUAACACAGAUCACAUAAACGUUCUUUGCAGACUUUGAGGUAAACCCAGAUUUUUCCAGUCACCUGCAGCAGAACCAGUGUUGUUUGUGUUUGUGGAGCAGGGACAGAAGGGGAGCUGAGGGGACAGGGAGGUAGAUGAAGCUGAGUGAAGAUGGGACCAUUUGGCCCGAAUGUGUGAAGAUCCACACACCUAUUUAACAGAGCAGCCCGGCGCUGAGGGCUGUUAUUGUAAAAGGACAGCAGACAGACAGGAACUCAGAGACAGAAGCCAGAGAACAAGAGAAAACUCUAAGAGGAGAUCACCAGAGCAGCCACAUAGGAAUACCUGGACGAGGAUCUUAGAAGGAGCUGAGGAGUGAAAUGCUCCUGUGGGGCAGGUGAAGAGGACGAGUGAAGGAACGAACACUGAGCCGGAGAAUGCUGAGCGUGGAGAUGUUUCCCAGUUUGGCUCUGGGGCCCCAAAGGAUCGGAGACUGUUUUUACAGAGAGCGGGAGCCUCCUGCUCACCUGCCGCUGUUUCCUCCCACCUGUGACGUGGCGGCUGCAGCUCUGCCGCCGAGGCUGCUGGCUCCUCCCCCCGUCCCCAGUGAGCCCACGUCCAAAACCCAGAAAGAUGAGGUGAAGAUGGAGCUGGAGAACUCGUCCUUGUGGAAACAGUUCAGCUCAGUGGGCACAGAGAUGAUCAUCACAAAGAAGGGCAGACGGAUGUUUCCGGGCUUGAGGUUGAAGCUGUCAGGCCUGAAUCCGUCCCUGCGCUACAUCCUCCUCCUGGACAUCGUUCCGGUCGACAACUCGCGCUAUCGUUUCCAAGGCGGCAGCUGGCAGGCUGUUGGCGGGGCCGAGGCGAGGCUGCCGGACCGCGUGUUCAUCCACCCGGACUCACCUGCCACAGGUGCACACUGGCAGAGCCGCACCAUCUCCUUCCACUACGCCAAGCUCACCAACAACACGCUGGACGCACAGGGACAUAUCAUCCUACACUCGCUGCACCGCUACCAGCCCAGACUUCAUGUGAUCGAAGCCAGAGAUGUGUUAAGGUGGGGGGGAGGGCAGCACUCCUUCGUUUUCCCUGAGACCCAGUUCAUCACUGUCACUGCCUACCAGAACAACAAGAUCACGGAGCUGAAGAUCAACUCCAACCCCUUCGCUAAAGGCUUCCGAGAGGACGGCAUGAACAGCAAGAAACAAAGAGAUGCAAGACAGAAACGAAAAAUUUCCAUCUUGACAGAGACUUUGGAUAUUGUGAACUGUGAUCCCUGCGACUCGACUGAGCUCCUGCAGCAGCCCACAGACACCAACACAGACCUGCAGGCCCUCGCUCUGGCCUCCCUGCCUCCACUUUCCGACCCGUCGUGUGGGUUCAGGCCAGAGGAGGCCUCCUAUCAGGACACGCUGGUUCCAGAGCAGCCGCUGGACCUCGGCCAGGCGUUCAUGGCAUCUCAGAUGACUGACAUCAGCAUCACGAUGGCCGGCGGGAUGCAGGACACAGCGGGGAGCGAAGUGGCAAACAAUAUGAUUGAAAGAUCAGACACGAUGGCAGAGCCGACGUUCACCUCCGGCUUCCCUGCUGCUCCACCCAGCUCCUCCUCCUUCCCUCCAGCUCCUCUUCCUCAGCCGUCCUCCUCCUUCUCCUCCCUCCCCGUCCCCGCCUCCUCGGACGCCUCCGACCCCCGGCCCUCCAUCCCCCCCAUCGACUACCCCUCCCUCCUCUCCUCCUCCCCCGCCCUCUCCGUCGCCGCCACCACCCCCUCGCUGCAGCAGACCUCCUUCACCUUCCCGACCCCGCCUCCUUCCAACUCCUCCUCCCCUCAGCCACUCCUUCCGUCGUCCUCCUCCCCUUCCUCCAACACCUACCACACCAUCCCAGAGACCAUCAGCCCCCACGUCCAACCCGACGCCCCCUUCAGCGCCCCGUCUUCCGCCUGCCAGUCGGGUCUUCAAGUCCCGGCUCAUUCUCUGCUCAGCCAGCCGAACCAGCCGCUGCAGGGGGAGCCGGGUGGAAACAACUCGCCCAGUGAUCAGAGCACUGUGGCGUUCAUCUACCCAAACGUCCCGCCGACAAAUCCUGCUCAUCCUCCUCAAAACCAACCAGCAGCUCCGACUCCGCCGUGCUCUCUACCAGCUCACGGCGCCUCCACGUCUUUCGCCUUCCCGUCCGUCCCUCCACACAUGCAGAACCUCUCAUUUCCAAAUGUCUCUCCAAGUCCCGCUCUGCACCUCCCAAAUCUGACCCACCAAGCUCAACCUCCCUCCCUCGCCGCCGCCGCCUUCCCCACCUCCUCUUUCUCUCACCCAUCCUCCUCCCUUCCUCACCCUCCUUUCCAGGCCUCCUCUUGCUUGGCGUCUUCUUUCCAGCAGUCGGCUGGAACUCUUCCUCAGAACCCCUCCUCUUCCUCCUCCGCCUCCUCCUCCUCGUACCCACCGGUUGAAUUAGGAGCCAUCCCUCAGUUCAACCCUGCUCUCCCCUACAGGCCGGAGAUGGUGCUGCACCACCCGUCUCUCCUCCCUCAGCUGGACCCCUCCCUCCCCUCCUCCACCCCUCCUCCAGCCCUCUACCCGGCCUUCCCCUCCUACCCUCUGCGGCUGUGUCAGGACCCCCACCCCUCCCUCUCCAUCCCCUUCAGGCAUCUGUACAGACAGCACCAGCACGGCCACCCCCACCCACAGGGGUCCUACCUGGAUAUGGGCACCAGAGCAGUGUUUUGAAAUACAGUCAUGCUGACAGCGCUUUUAGGAAAAUUAGCAAUUAGUUCGAAGUAGUAGUGUAGUCUUCUGUGUGUGUGUUUUCUCAACAAUUCUGCUGAUGGGAUUGAUGGAUUUGAUACUGAUUUGUAUAUACUUGGUAAAGAUUUUCAAAUAUUCAUUCCAGUGUGAAAAAUAAAAAGUUUCCUUUCCAGG